AUGUCAAACUUCAUAUCUUCCCUGGCGGAAGAUCUGUCACAAAAUGUUCCCUUGACUUUCCGUGAAGCUGCAUCCGGUGUAUUAGGAUCAGUAUCCUUGACUUGUUGGAUUUUCCUUUUAGUCCCACAACUCAUCGAAAACUACCGAUUUGGCAGCGCAGAAGGCCUAUCAAUGGCCUUCCUUUUCGUCUGGUUCGUGGGCGACGUCACAAACCUCAUCGGUGGUCUCUGGGCACAACUCGUCCCCGUCGUUCUCGCGAUAGCAGUAUACUUUUGCAUCGCAGACGGUGUUCUAAUCUCCCAAUGCCUGUACUACAACAUGCGUAACGCGCGCCGCGAACAACGCCGUAAUAGCGUUGAAUCAACCCUCGACAGUCCCACGCCAACCACGCCACUACUCGGUCGACGAUUCAGCGACGAAUUGAGUAUACCCGGAUCCGGGCGACGACGGAGAUCGUCGGCAUCGCAGAGGGAUCUUCAGCAGCGUCGAGCUAGUCACCCAGACAGCACAUUGGCGAAGAUUGUCGAGGAGAGUGAGUCUGGCGCGAAGGCUUGGUUGAAGAAUGUUUUGAGUGUUGUUGCGAUUGCGGUUAUUGGUGCGGGUGGUUGGGCUAUUGCGUGGCAGAUGGGGGUUUGGAAGCCUACUCCUGCGAAUCAUGACGGGGAGGGGGCUCCUAUAGCACCUGGUGCACAAAUUUUGGGGUAUUUUAGUGCGAUUUGUUAUCUCGGAGCUCGUUUACCGCAGAUAUACAAGAACUACUCCGAAAAGUCAUGCGAGGGUCUCUCGUUGCUCUUCUUUGUUCUAUCUCUUAUGGGCAAUCUCACCUACGGAGCCGGAAUCCUCGCUCACUCGACAGAGAAAGAGUACGUUCUAAAAAAUUUGCCCUGGCUGAUCGGCUCUCUGGGCACGAUGGUGGAAGACAUCACUAUUUUCAUACAAUUCCGCAUCUAUGCACGACCAACCCUUGACUCGUGA